UGUUUUAGAGUUCUUUUGUGUAUUUAACGUCCGUUUAAUUUAGUGUAUGCAUAAAUAGUGUAUUAGUAAGUUUUUUUAUGAACUGGACGAGUUAUAACGAUGACGAUGAAUAUGGAAACAAAGGAAGAAUUAAACAAAAAGUCACCGAACACCGAUCACGAUGUUUUGGAGACGAUGCUUACAUACAUCGGUGAGAUCGGCCGCUACCAGAAGUUCCUGUUUUGCGUGAUGCUGCCCUUCGGGCUGUUCUUCGCUUACGUGUACUUCGUGCAGAUGUUCGUGGCCGCCACUCCGCAGCGCUACUGGUGUCAUGUACCAGAGCUCGCGCACUUGGAUUUGGAGCUGAGACGGAAUCUUUCGGCACCUGGAGCCAUUGAGGGCGGGGAUUGGGAGCGGUGUUCGACGUUCCAAACCAACUGGAGCCUGGUGCUGGAGACCAUGGCGCCGCCCGGAAACGACACCCCCACCGGGCCGUGCCAGCAUGGCUACGAUUUCGAGCUUACUGACAUUCCUUAUCACACGGUAGUAAGCGAGCGAGGUUGGGUGUGCGAUAAAUCAAGCUAUGCUCCAAUGGCACAGUCGAUAUUUUUUGCGGGAUCAUUUGUGGGGGGUCUGCUGUUUGGGUGGUUAGCAGAUCGAUUUGGAAGAAUACCCGCUUUAGUUGGAUCCACUAUGAUCGGGUUUGUAGGCGGAGUUGCAACUAUAUACACCACUGGAAUAGUAGACUUCACCAUCGCGAGGUUUCUGGUCGGCAUGGCAUACGACAGUUGUUUUAUGAUGAUAUAUAUUUUAGUUCUUGAAUACAUCGGCCCUCGGUACCGCACGCUGGCGGCCAACUUGUCCAUCGCGCUGUUCUUCGGCGCGGGCUGCGUGUCGCUGCCGUGGCUGGCCUUGUGGCUGGCCGACUGGCGCGCGCUGCUGUGGGCUACCUCCACGCCUAUGCUCAUCGUCCUCGCCAUUCCUUUCACGGUUCCAGAAAGUGUCCGAUGGCUCGUCUCUAGAGGACGCACUAAUCAAACAAUCCGGGUGUUCAAAACUUUUGAAAAAAUUAACCGCACUCAGAUUCCGCAGGAAGUGUUGGACGAUUUUGUUAUAGCAUCCCGUCAAACCCAAAAUCAGAAGCAUUCAGUGAGUGCCUUGUUUAGAAGCGCGCCGCUACGGAGGAUGCUCGCGUACAUGGUGGCGGUGUACAUGUGCUGCGCGCUCGUGUUCGACGGGCUGGUGCGGCUCUCCGAGUCGCUGGGGCUCGACUUCUUCCUCACCUUCACGCUCGCCUCCGCCACAGAAAUUCCCUCCGUCACGUUGCUGGCUCUUGUCAUGGACAGAUGGGGUCGGCGGAAGCUUACAGUGAUGCCCAUGGGAUUAUCGGGCAUAUUGAUAGGCAUUGCAGCAUUUCUACCUAAAGGAGUCCCGCAGACGACGGCCGCGGUGAUGGCGCGGUUCUUCAUCAACAUGUCGUACACGGCCGCCAUCCAGUGGGCCACCGAGAUGCUGCCCACGGGCGUGCGCGCCUCCGGCUCCUCGCUGGUGCACGUCAGCGGCUACGUCGCCACCGUCUUGUCGCCUUUCAUCGUCUUCUCGGAACGUUACUGGAGCUCGCUGCCACUGCUGAUCAUGAGCGGGCUGGCCGUGCUGGCCGUGGGCUGCGGGCUGAUGCUGCCCGAGACCAUGGGCCGGCCCAUGCCGCAGACCAUCGCCGACGGCGAGGCGCUCGUCCGGAACUACACCUUGUGCGGAAAAAUAGAAGAAAUCGAAGAAGACGAAUUAAAGGAGAUGAACAAAUUGAAGGAGCCCAUUAUGUAA